CGCCAGUUCCUCAACGAGUGGGCGGCCGAGAUCCCGGCGGGCCCCGACGCCGCCAGAGCCAUCGCCCGGGAGCUGGACUACGACCUGGUGGGGCAGAUUGGGUCACUCAAAAAUCACUACCUAUUCAGACAUAAAAGCCACCCAGGGCGGUCUCGGAGAAGUGCCAUUCACAUCACUAAAAGACUUUCUGAUGAUGAGCGGGUGUCGUGGGCAGAGCAGCAGUAUGAAAAGAAGCGAACUAAGCGUGGCAGCCUGAGAGACUCGGCAGAAAAUCUGUUCAAUGACCCCAUGUGGAACCAGCAGUGGUACCUGCAAGAUACAAGAAUAACUCCAUCCCUGCCCAAACUGGAUCUCCAUGUUAUCCCAGUAUGGCAAAAAGGGAUCACAGGCAAGGGUGUUGUCAUCACAGUACUAGAUGAUGGCCUGGAGUGGAAUCACACUGACAUCUACACUAACUAUGACCCACAGGCAAGUUAUGAUUUCAAUGACAAUGACCACGAUCCCUUUCCUAGAUAUGACCCAACAAAUGAAAACAAGCAUGGGACACGGUGUGCAGGAGAAAUUGCCAUGCAAGCCAACAACAGAAAAUGUGGAGUUGGAGUAGCCUACAAUGCCAAGGUUGGAGGUAUACGUAUGCUGGAUGGAAUAGUGACUGAUGCUAUUGAAGCCAGUUCAAUUGGUUUCAAUCCAGAACACGUGGAUAUUUACAGUGCAAGCUGGGGCCCUAAUGAUGAUGGCAAAACUGUGGAGGGACCUGGAAGACUGGCACAGAAGGCUUUUGAGUAUGGGAUAAAACAGGGCCGGAAUGGGAAAGGCUCCAUUUUUGUGUGGGCUUCUGGGAACGGAGGCCGCCAGGGUGACAACUGUGACUGUGACGGCUACACUGACAGCAUCUACACUAUCUCCAUUAGCAGUGCUUCCCAGCAAGGCCUUUCCCCCUGGUACGCAGAGAAGUGCUCUUCAACUCUGGCCACAGCAUACAGCAGUGGGGAUUAUACUGACCAAAGAAUUACAAGUGCUGAUCUUCACAAUGAAUGUACAGAGACUCACACUGGGACCUCUGCUUCUGCACCACUGGCAGCAGGAAUCUUUGCUCUGGCGCUGGAAGCAAACCCAAAUCUAACAUGGAGGGAUAUGCAGCACUUGGUGGUGUGGACCUCCGAGUAUGAUCCUCUGGCUGGGAAUCCAGGAUGGAAAAAGAACGGGGCAGGACUGAUGGUGAACAGUCGGUUUGGGUUUGGACUUCUCAAUGCCAAUGCUUUGGUGGAUUUAGCUGAUCCCAAGAGGUGGAAAGGUGUGCCAGAGAAGAGAGAGUGCAUUGUCAAAGACAAGAGCUUUGAACCGAGGCUGCUAAGGGCAAAUGAGGAAGUCAUCAUUGAAAUCCCCACAAAAGCCUGCGAGGGUCAAGAAAACUCCAUUGCCUCUUUGGAGCACGUGCAGCUGGAGACGACGAUUGAGUAUUCCCGCAGAGGCGACCUGCACGUCACUCUGAUAUCUCCGUCAGGGACCAGCACUGUCCUACUGGCUGAGAGAGAGAGAGAUAAAUCUCCCAAUGGCUUCAAGAACUGGGACUUCAUGUCUGUGCACACGUGGGGAGAGAACCCUACAGGCACCUGGGUUUUAAGAAUUACUGAUGUGUCCAGGAGAAUACAGAACGAAGGGAGGGUUGUAAGCUGGAAACUGAUCUUGCAUGGCACGGGCAGCCAGCCUGAGCACAUGAAGCAGCCCCGUGUGUACACAUCCUACAAUGCUGUGCAAAACGACAGGAGAGGAGUGGAGAAGAUGACAGACUUUGUAGAGGACCACACCACACGGGAGAGCCUGAGUGAAAAGCCCACCGAAGAGGCCAGCAGCAGCAGCAGCAGGGGCAAAGCAGAAGACAGGGCCCCCUCCGAGGCCAUGCUCCACUUGCUGCGGAGCGCUUUCAGCAGGCAGAUGGCUCAGAAGCGGCUGCCAAAGAAGCCUGCAAGUGAGAAGCUAAACAUCCCGUAUGAACACUUCUAUCAAGCCCUCGAAAAGCUAAACAAGCCCUCCCAGCUGAGAGACUCAGAAGAAAGCCUGUACAGUGACUACGUUGACCUUUUCUACAACGCCAAACCAUACAAGCAUAGAGAUGACAGACUGCUGCAAGCCUUGGUCGAUAUUGUGAGCGAAGGAAACUGAGCUCUAGGCUGUGGCACUGAGUUGGAAAUAUUCAUUCUCCCCCCACCCCACUCGUAGGUUUGGGUUUGGUUGGUUUUGGUUUGGGUUGUUUUGUUGUUUGUUUUUUUUUUUCAGAAAUCUGUUGUAUGCUCUAGUUGUGUGAUUGCUGCUUUGAUUGCUUCGUAUUUAAUGCAGAUAUCAAGGAAGGGAAAAAAACAGGUGUGGGAUAAGGCAGUAAAGUGAUGCUUUUUAGUAAUAGCUUUUUUCAAGGCCUUUCUUCAUUACCACCAAAGUAGAUUUUCCCCCUCAGGCAUGAAAUGCAAUAGAAUUCCUCUGAAAACACUAAUCCUCUAUUUUAAACAUUUUUCACAUUUCUUAUUCUUCUACCCUAUUCAUUUAGCAUGCAGUAGGAUUCAAAACCUGAAUUACCUUGCAGUUUUGAACCCAACUGCCAAAGCUAUGGGGAUAUACUGUCAUUCCUGGAUUUGUAAUGAAUAUUGCAGUCUUUCUUAUGGUUGGCACUUAUUCUGGGUUUAACACUGGUGGCCAGUACGUCCGUUGUAGCAUUUUUGCUCCUUCUCCAAAUAGCAAUGCUCCCUUACCCUUCUGUUCUCCCCCACAGGAGCAGCUGGGAGGCUGGAGCUGGGUUGAGGCAUCAGUGAGGGCAACUGAUGACAUUAUUCACCAGUUAGAAUGCAGAGAGAGUUAACAGAAAUGGCCCCAAGUGAGGCAUCCCAGGCUGUGGGAUGGUGUUCUCGCCCCCUGGCUUUAACCACCCAAGGGAAGUGCCUCAGCUAUGGGCCCAAGUCUCUCCAGACUGUGUGUAAUUAAUGAGGACAGAGGCUCCUGCAGAGCCCUUGGUGGGUCUUUACGCUGGUUCUAAUUACCUGAUGGAGUUCUGAUCUAUUUGUAACCACUGCUUGAGCUUUGGGGGACCAGCCUGUGGAGCCUCAGUUAAAUUUCCAAAGUUUAAUAGUAUCAAUGCCUUCUGAGAUGCCCACAUCUGCAGUGGUCAGGACAAGAAAGCUGGGAUCACUCUGUCCUCCCCUUGAGCUGUGACCCAGUGGCAAGAAAGGGCAGCUGUGGCAGCCAAGUCCACUUAGAGACUGGGUCUUGGGGUGUCUGUGGUAGAUGGGAACAUUUCCCAAGUAUCUAGGAAGUGAAGGCAAAAAAAUAGAUGGGAAGAGGUGUGAGAUAAAACAAAAAAACCUUCAAAAGAGACUCAGAAAUGGAAGGAGAGAGCACAUGGGACAUGGAGGAGGGAGAGGAAGAGAUGGAAAGAGAAAGUGGAAGGGGAAGAGACAGAGGUUGGAAAGCAGCAAGGACAGGUGGCUCCCUGAUGGUAGCAAGUGAACGAGACAGUUUUCCACAUGUACCUCCUUAAAGUCAGGGUCAAGACUGACACUGUUUUUCUUUUCAUAAAUAAAAAGUGCAGUGUUGGAUGCACAGAAAUUGGAGGGGAUCUAGAACAAGGAAAUGAAGAUUCCCAGGGGAUAGCUCAUCUCACUGCAGUACCAAAGAUAAGUCAAAGGAGUGUCGCCUGGUUUCCACUUUCCUUUCUUCCUCAUCUCCUAUUGAAAUGUGUUUCCCAGACAUUCUAGAAAGAUUUGAUUCUCAUUCACUGUCUCUUCCUUAAAAUGAUACAAUUGUCUCAAUGACAGGAAUUAAAGAUUUUGCUCAUAAUUCAUCAGUUCAGGUAGAGAUUUCUCAAACUUCACACUAAAUUAUGUAAUUUAAAGGUAAAUCUGUUUAUUGUGACAAUACUUAAUUCUCCUUCAAUGGAAGAAGAGGCUGCUUAAAGGCAGCCUUGAAAAUUGUCUUACCAAUCUGAGGGUUUUAAAAUCUCUGCUUAUUCAUUCUAUGUGAUGGUUUCCUGCCUGUCUUGGGCUUAGUCUGUGUUUUUGCCAGCUUUAGAUAGAUGGAGCUUUAGUUGAUCUGCAGAAUUCCUCCAUAUUCUUAAAAGAUGUGGAAGGUGUUUCCGUACUUCACAGGUGACAACUCCACCACUGAAUGUCUCUUAUGCUGAAUCUCUCCCUUAAGAAAUCUGCUUAGAAUGAGAAGAGAUUUAAAAAAAAUCCCUGCAAGUGGCCCAAACCAGAAAGCUUUCUUGUGCUGUCCCUCCCCAACACCCAGGCAACACGUAACUACUGAGCAAGCAGAGCUAUUGCAGAGGGAGAGCAGCAACUAACUUUCACUAAUGUUUAAUUUUCAGAACUGGGGGUUAAUCUCCACAGGAAAUAUUCCCAUUUGGUGAAGCAGGACCACUUUGAGUCCUGUGCAGUGAAGCUCAGAGGCUGGUUCCCUCAGAUAAUGGUGAUUUUAUCCAGUGCUCAUUCAGGUGUGUUACAGCAAGGAAAGCACUAGCAACACUCACCCAGCUUGUGAAAGGAGUUUUCAGAAUAAACAGGUGGAAAACACAGGACCCUCCUUUGUUUUAAGAUCAGUUCCCAUGUUGUAGCCAAAGGUCCAUCAGAGGACAAGUUUAAAAUCUGUCACUUGAAUGUUUCCAACCCAGAGUAGAUUGUACAGGAGUAAAUUAUUUUUAUUGUUAGUCUUUCCUUGGUGCCUGUGUGGGUUUUGUGAAAAAUGUAACAGGGGAAAAAAAAAAAAGAAAAAAAAAAAAAAAGAAAAAAAAGAGUUUUCUCUCAGAAUUUUAAAUUAUAUUUUCGUUACAGGUAUUUAUAAUAUAGCAAAGAUUUUAUUGAACAGACAGACUUUUAAAAGGCAUAAUAAAUUAUAUUGGAGAACCAGAUUUUUCUUGGGAAAGACACAAUUUCAUCCAAUAAAGGUAUUUUUUAAAAGGCAUGUUCCAAUAGCAACUGCAACAUGUAUGUGAUGUGCUGUUAAAAUUUGUCUAC